AUGGCCUUCCCAAGCGAAUGCGAUGUCUUAAUUGUGGGUAGCGGCAAUGCGGGGUUCUCUGCGGCUGUUUCCGCAGUUCAAUCCGGGGCGCAGUCGGUCAUUCUGAUUGAUAAAUGCCCAGAGGAAUGGGCCGGGGGCAACACAUACUUCACGGCUGGUGCAUAUCGUACUGUCCACGGAGGACUUUUGGAUCUUCUCCCUGUGGUAAACAAUGUCGACCAAGAUUUGGCAAGCCGAAUCGACCUCGGUCCUUACUCGAAUGAUGACUUUGCCAAUGACAUGCAUCGCGUAUGUAUGGGCCGUUCUGAUCCCCUCCUUGCGCAUACUCUUAUCUCCGACUCGAAUUCCACGAUUAAAUGGCUUGCCAAGAACGGGAUCCGAUUUCAACUUUCCUUCAAUCGCCAAGCGUACAAGUUGAAGGAUCGAUACCAUUUCUGGGGUGGGCUGUCAUUGAAGACACAAGAUGGUGGCAAGGGGCUCGUCGAAGAUUACAAAGCGGCUGCUCUUCGCCAUGGUGUCACCCUAUGUUGGUCGACGGCUCUGACUGGUGUUGAUCUUCAAAAAUCCUCUCCAAUUCCAAGCGUAUCGGCAGAGGCUAGACAGGUCAAAGCCUCUGUGCUCCACGAAGGAGUUGAGGGAACAAUCCAGGCUUACGCCCUCAUUUUCGCGGCUGGAGGUUUUGAAGCCAACCCCCGCAUGCGAUGCCAGUACUUGGGGCCAGGCUGGGAUAUGGCUAUGGUCCGAGGUACGCCAUACAACACAGGAGAUUGCCUGGAACUUGCAAUCCGGGAGCUGGAUGCUAAGCCAGCCGGUAACUGGUCUGGCUGUCAUUCAGUCGCUUGGGAUGCUAAUGCGGAUGCCAAUGCCGGAGAUCGGGAAGCCUCGAACGAAUACACCAAGUCCGGAUACCCCCUAGGUCUGAUGCUCAAUGCCCACGGAAAGCGAUUUGUUGACGAGGGCGUCGAUUUCCGAAACUAUACCUACGCUCGUUUUGGAAAGGCUAUCUUGGCCCAACCCGAUCACGUCGUUUUCCAGGUUUGGGAUGCGCAAACUAGUCCUUGGCUCCGUGAGGAAGAAUAUCGUGAUGAGCGAGUUGAACGUAUCACGGCCAACACCUUAGAGGAAUUAGCCGACAGGUGCGCCCAACGCGGCUUGCAAAACCCUGACCAGUUUGUGGCGACCUUCAAGGAGUAUAAUGAAGCCGUCUAUGCUCACCGUCGAGAGAACCCAGCUGCGAAGUGGAAUCCGGCAAUCCGGGAUGGAGUUUCAACUCAAUCGAAUGCUAAACAGCUGGAGCUACCUAAGUCAAACUGGGCAUUAGCGAUUGACAAGGCGCCCUUUCUGGCUGUGAAGGUAUCCUGUGGCAUUACAUUCACGUUUGGAGGAUUGGCCGUCGAUCCGAAGGAUGCCCGCCUCAUUCAAUCCACUACAGGAAAGCCGCUUCCAAAUGUGUUCUGCGUGGGGGAGAUGAUGGGUGGUCUUUUCUACAAUAAUUACGCCGGAGGUAGUGGCCUAACCUCUGGUGCGGUCUUUGGACGACGUGCCGGCGAUGCUGCCGCAAAGGUGGCCCUUGCUGCUAGGGAAUCUGAAGGCGCAUCUGAUAAGAGUACAUGA